UUGUAGCUGCUCUCUGUCUCUGGAGAAAUUAGUCUUGUUUUUGCUUUAGCACUUGUAUUGUCUUUAUCUUGACCUCUUAUUUACCGUUUCUUCAGAUAGCAGAAUUUUUAUUAGCUUUACCCUUUUACAGCCUAGCUGGUGUGAGGUGUGUACGAGUAAGUUAAGUUAUAUUGUUGUCUGCGAUCCAACGUUGGACUUUGGUUUGAUCUUCACCUAUAACAAGAUCAUUUAGAGGACUAACCUUCAUAAUCCUGUAAGAUUUUACUGGUUUCACAAGAUUCAUUUAACCGUCUUGUGUACUUGUGAGUUCUAAAGCUGAAACUACAACACCAGAUAUUUGGAUUCUACGACCGCUGGCUUUGUCUGUACCAGCAACCGUGGAGUAUCCUGUGGGUGUCCCUCCUCUCUGGAUGGGGAAGAAAACUCAAAGGAGGGAAUCAACAGGGCCCCGGUCACCUGGGCCAACAACUCCAACAAGAGACACCAGGACAAUACGGGUGAAGAUGGUGCUGUUGGGAAGCUCUGGGGUGGGGAAGUCCAGUCUGGCAAUACGUUUCAGCAAGGAUGAGUUUAAAGGCACUUUACCCACCGUAGGCUGUGCCUACUUCACCCAGGUGGUGUGUCUGAGUGAUGUCACAUUUCACUUUGAGAUCUGGGACACGGCGGGACAGGAGAAAUACCACAGUGUUACCCCGCUGUACUACAGAGGAGCCCAUGCAGCACUGGUGGUGUACGAUAUCAGCAAACGAGAGAGCUUCAUAAGGGCCCAGAUGUGGCUUCGGGAGCUGGAGAAGCACUAUAUUCCGGCUUCCACCGUGAUGGUACUAGUAGGAAACAAGGGGGAUCUUUCAGAGCUGCGCCAGGUGACAUUACAGGAAGGGCAUAGUCUUGCCGUUGACAGAGGCUUGCUUUUUAUGGAGACCUCGGCCAAGUCAGGGAAUCAAGUCAGUGAACUGAUGCUGGCUAUUGCCCACAGGGUGAAGAGGUGUACAAGUGAGCAUCAAAGCGGUCUGACAGAGUGGCAGGAGACAGAGUUAGUGAACCUGCGCCGCUCUGAGACCCUACAGCACUCUCUUGCAUCCUGUUGCCCCUCCAUUGGACCCUAAUGUGUGUUGUGUGUGUGUGUGUGUCUGAUAUUUUUGUGAGGAACUGUAUGUUCAAAGAUUUAAGUUUAAGACAAUGACUUCUCAAUGACCCAAGAUCAGCUCAGUUAAUCCCUACCAUUGUGACAACGAGUUGUCAUAAUGAUGCAUCAAAUGUACGUUAUCUGAGGGGUGUUUGGCAGACACAAUGUAAGUAACUUAAUUUAUGUUCCCCUAAUUGCACCGAAUACCUCUGUUUAUCUUACAGUUAUUUUAUGCAGUACUCAUGUGCCUAUGAGCCAGAGUUACAAUGUUAGCACUGAGGUGGUGUACCCUAGUAGGAAGUCCACUGUGUGCAGCUCACCAUGUACUAUCAGCUCCAAUAUAAAUAACAUGUUAUGUACUUGAGUGAAGACCCAAAAGCGGUUUUAACAGAAAACAGAGUUCUUUAAUGAAAAAAUAGGAAUGGCAUAAAUCCUCUUCCAACGUAGUCAAUGGAACAAAAAGAACGUUAGUAUAAUGCAGGAUGCACCUGCCAGGCAGACUCCGACAGGAUAGGACAAGGUGGAAGCAAACGCGACGACAGCUUGCUUCUGGCAUCAAAAACACAAACAAGAAUCAGACACUGAAAGUAGCAGGAACAGAGAGAGAAAUAGAGACCUAAUCAGAGGGGGAAGAGAGAACAGGUGUGAAAGAGUGAAUGAGCUAGUUAGGGGAGAUGUAGAACAGCUGAAGAAUGAGAGACAGAGAAGGUAACCUAAAAAGACCAGCAGAGAGAGACAGAGUGAAGAGAAAGGACAGGAACAGACAUAACAAGACAUGACAGUACCCCACCCCCACUCACCGAGCGCCUCCUGGCGCACUCGAGGAGGAAACCUGGCGGCAACGGAGGAAAUCAUCGAUCAGCGAACGGUCCAGCACGUCCCGAGAGGGAACCCAACUCCUCUCCUCAGGACCGUACCCCUCCCAAUCCACUAGGUACUGAUGGCCACGGCCCCGAGGGCGCAUGUCCAAAAUCUUACGAACCCUGUAGAUGGGUGCGCCCUCGACAAGG